UUGGUGGCCGAACUUCGCAGCGGGCGAACGUGUUGACCUGCGGCUCCAGCACUUGUGGCGCCCGUAAUUGUACUUCAAAAUGAUGGAACAAAGCGGUCCUGAAGUUCUCAGGCCUCCCCCCAGAACUGCUGCUGGACAGCAAGGUGAAAAAAUAUCCCUUGACACAAAUUUCUUUCCUGUCACCAUGAGGGACAAAUCUGUUCAACUUGUCCACUAUGAUGUUUCACUCAAGGUUCACAAACAAGAAAUUAAUCUUCCUAGAAGACUUAAAUUGGAUAUAUUCGAGAAAAUGAAGAAUAAUUAUGCUAAGGUAUUCAAGGACUACCCACUUGCUUUUGACUCGGAAAGCAAUGCAUACAGUUCAGGCGUCAUUCCAGGUGUUGAUGGUAAAUGCUUUGAGGUGCAAAUGGAAGGACGAGAUGGAGCGAAGCAAACAUUCACAGUGUAUAUAACAGUGAAGCACCAGUGUUACCUUCAUGACCUCAUGAAGGCACUCAACUACACCCCUGGUGAACACCAAGUGCUUCCUGCCGCCUCAGUUCAGAUGAUGGAGGUGAUGUUUCGCCAUUACCGGGCGUUGAAGUACGAACUCGUGGGCCGACGCAAUUUCUACCCCAUGGGAGGAGAAUUUGGAGCACCAUAUCCUAUUGGCGUGGCUAAGCAAGGGGUCAUUGGCUUCUUUGGGUCCAUGAGGCCAGCUUCUUGGAAGGACGGGUCUAUGUUGCUCAAUAUUGAUGUUGCUCACACAGCAUUUUAUAAGGAUCAACCUCUUCUGGAGUUUGUGCAAGGAGUAGUGGACCUGAAUGAGAGAGACCUCUGCCAUCCUUUAGAGCCCAAGAAGCUCUACAAACUUAGAAGGGAGCUCAUGUCACUUAGAGUGCAAGUGACUCAUAGCAACAUCCCUCGCACCUAUAAGAUCAUAGCUGUGUCAGAACUUGGUUCUGAUAAGCAGACAUUUCCCUUAAAAGAUGAUGACACGGGAAAGAUAUAUUCAAUCUCGGUUGAAAGCUAUAUAAAGAAUAACUACGGCAGGAAGUUAAAAUAUCCAAAAUUUAACUGCAUUCAAGUUGCACCAGCAGAGAGAAGAGUGUAUCUUCCAGUUGAGAUUUGCAAACUGUCUAGACAGAGAGUGGGUCAAAAGUUGAGUGACCGAGAAACAGCCCAGUUUAUACGAACAACAGCAGUUCCUCCUGCAGACAGAAUUAAGAAAAUCCGCCAGAUAUACCAUAGUAAUGAUUUUGCUGAAGAUCCCAUGCUGCAGAGCCUUCAGUUAACAAUUGGAGAUAAGCCCCUGGAGUUGUCGGGGCGGGUUUUGGCAACUCCACAGUUGUUGAUGGACGCGCCUGUGGAACCAGUACACGGAGUCUGGGAUAUCAGAAGAAGGAGUUUCUUCAAGCCGACAACAAUCCACUCCUGGGCAGUCUUCAAUUACUGUUCGAGACAAGUUUCUCAACGGGAAGUUGAUGAAUUUCUGAGGAAUCUAAUGAAGAUGGGUACAGAGCGAGGCAUAUCUUUCAAUAAUCCAGUACGAGUGAUGAACAUAUUCAGACCCGUUCCAGAGCAUGAUCUCCGACUCAUCAGAUCUGAUUAUAACAAUCUACAACUCGUUCUUGUUAUUCUAGGCAAAGGAGAUGAUCUCUAUGCCCGAGUGAAGAAAGCUGGAGACAUGGAAAUGGGUGUUUUAACCCAGUGUGUUCAGUGCUUGAAUGUUAAAGACUUUAAAUUCCCAACAUUGUCCAACAUCCUUCUCAAGAUUAAUGCCAAGAUUGGGGGAAUAAACAGCAUAAUAUCACCACAAAAUGCUCCAAUGAUUUUAAGGAAACCUGCCAUGAUCAUGGGAGCAGACGUGAACCAUCCAGCUGCUGGCGAUGCAGAGUCCCCGUCGCUGGCAGCCGUAGUGGCAUCUUUUGAUAGGAAUGCUUCAAAGUAUGCAGUAGAAGUUAGGUAUCAGGAACAUCGUGAAGAACUCAUUCAAGACCUGAAGCAAAUGAUGAAGAACCUACUAAUGACAUUCUACAGAGAGUGUAAGAAAAUGAAACCUGAGAAGAUAGUUAUGUACCGUGAUGGGGUGAGUGACACCCAGUUUCAAGGAGUGUUAACAUGGGAAAUGGCAGCCAUGCGCGGGGCCUGUAAUGAGCUGGAGGCCAACUACAAUCCUGGCAUCACUUUCUUAGUGGUUCAGAAGAGGCACCACACCAGACUGUUCUGCAAAGAAAAACAAGGAGUUGGGAAAUGUAAGAAUAUUCCUCCCGGAACAGUUGUUGACGUCGGUAUUACACAUCCACAUGAACGAGACUUUUACCUCUGCUCUCACCAAGGUAUCCAGGGCACCAGCAAGCCUACCCACUACCACAUCCUCUGGGAUGACAAUAACAUGAGCAUGGAUGAGUUACAGUCGCUGACAUACAGUAUGUGUCACUUGUACUCUCGCUGCACCAGAGCUGUAUCUCUUCCAAGUCCGGCAUACUACGCCCAUUUAGCAGCUUUCAGGGCUAAAGUGCAUCUCAACGAGCUCUGCAAUAACGACGAUGCUUCAGAGUCUGUCAGCCAAAAAGAGAUCGAAGAAGCGGUUACAGUUAAUACUGACACUCCUGUCUCCAAUAAACUUUACUAUGUGUAAGACAGAUUGAAAUGUUUGCUUUAUUUUUGACAUAUGUAAGAAUAGGGAACCUGACCUGUGUUUAUCAGGUAGAUGGAUAUUGGCUCAUUAUGUAAGGUAAAUCAUUGUUCCUGCACUUAAUUAUUAUUUAUUUAUAGAGAACAUGCAGAGAAAUUCAAAUUUUUUCUAUUGUUUAUGAGGAAAGUCUUUAAGCAAUAAAAAUGGUGUUCAAAAACUUAUUUUCAAAUAUUAUAAAACAUGAUUAUUAAUAAGUUACUAUCGUUCUUGUUUCAAAACAAUAGUAACAUGGAAAAAUAUUCCUUUUAUUAUUUGUACAGUAUGUCGAUUUAAAGUUUUAUAAGCAGAUGUAACUUUUGCCGUUACUGACAAUAUCAUUGGCAGCAAGACCAUUUGUGUGGUAUUGUAAAUUACUGCCUUUCUGAAUAAGAUACCAAGUGUGGUAAGCUUAUAAUACGUUGAAGGAGAAUAGGUUUGUAUUCAAAGUAUUUAAUAUUCCAUAGCUUUGGACAAUACAAGUUACAUCUUUAUGAGCAUGAAAUGUGCAACUUUCAGUUUAGAUGACAAAAUAAAUUAGGUACGACCAAAUUUGUGUGUUUAUGAUAUGAUUUAUUUUAUAUUGUUGAAUUUAUUAAGAAGUAAAUGAGUAUUUUAUC